AUGGCGGAUCCAGAAGAGACGGAUCCAACCUGGAGACCGCCACAGACCCUUCUUCCUGGGGAGAUUAAAAGUGACCCAGAGGAAAACAAUCAGUUGAUAAAUGGGCAGAGGAUUAAAGAGGUGAGUUCUGUAAAUUAUGUUACGUUAUUUGUGAGAUUUAGAAAGCUCUGUCGUUACAGUUGAACACUUCUAGAGUUUUGGAGGUUCACAACCAAGUCUCCAUUCAAUGCAUGUUUUUCCCCCUGCAAUAAAUGUAGCUAAGCGGAUUCUCAAACCUGCAGAAAUAUCGCAAAGGCACAAUUCUGUUUUUUUUUUUGUGUGUGUGUGUGUGUGUGUGUGUGUGUUUUUUUUUUUUUUUUUUUUUUUUUUUGAAGAGGGGUUGCAUGCGCGUACUUUACACCAUGGAUUUCGUUCAGUUCUACUCUUUGGACGAGGAACUGCUUAGAGAACUGGCUUCCAAGCUGGGCUAUUGUUUUCCCUUACUUGGAGCAAGUGUGCCACAUUGCUAACAAGUGGCACGGCCCGGUCUUUAGAAAUGAAAUCGAUGCUAAAGUGCUAAAAACUACAGUUCCCAAACUGUCCACAUGAGGCUGACUUCAGAAACACCGAGGUCUGUUGUGGCUCAUUCUCUUAAAUUGAUCUUGUGUUCCUGUUUCAAGAGCACUGAAUUGUUCCUUCAAUGUUUCCUGUUUUUUGAACAUGUGUGUUAAUGAGGAGCUUGUGUUUUACCUGCAGGAGGAGAGUGGAGAUUUUGAGGUGCAAUCACAGCUAACACAGCCUAGUGGACCUGCAAAUGAGAUGAAAUCUGGAGACACAGCCAUCAGACGAGAGAAGUCUCCUGUGGUGUGGUUACCUCUCACAGUUAAGGUUUGUGAAACUGUUUUUAUGUGUCAAUGGUAUUUUCUUGCAUGAGGGAUAAUAGAGAAGAGUGUAUACUUAUUUAAGAUGUUGAGAGAAAGGAAAACUGCAAUCAAUUAGUAGACACUUCUUUCUAUCCAAAUCGACACACAAAAUAACAGUGACAGACUGUCCUUACUUUCUCUCUCAUCACAUAGGGGAGAGUUGGGUAAGAUGAGCCAUUUUUCAUAUUUUGGAUAUCUACAUCAAGGCAACCAUAGUUUUGUCUGUAACUAGCGUAUCUGCUUACAUUUCAAGAUGUGCAUCCCUGCAAAUUAACAGAAUGAGUGUAAACAUAACUGUCUUGAUAAUAUAACAUGCCAAAAAAAAGUGGUCUCUUAUCAACUUAUAUGGGGUGUAUGGGGUAAGUUGACCAUAGGAACGGGGUAAGUUGAGCCGUAUCUCUACCCCCCCUACACACACACACACUCCACCCCAGCCCUCCCUCGCCUUCUCUCUCCCUAAAUAACAGUCACUUCUUCACAUUCAAGUGUGUUUUUAUCUAUUAUAGCCUAUUCAACUGGUAGAAUAUUUUUUAUUAUUAUUGCAUAUAACUGCUAUAAAGAUGUUUUGUAAAAAGCCAUUUUUACAUGAGAAUGCCUUUUAGUGAUUACGAACAAUUACAGCUGUAUUUUUUAAAAGAAAAAGUAACACAUUUCAUCAAUCUGAACUGAAACUCCGAUCCUCUCAUCAUACUUCAUGACUUUCUCAGUUGAGCAACUGGCUCAACUUACCCCAGAAAUACUAUGAUGACUUUAUUAGUCAUUAGUUAUUCAUAGAAACCAUAAUUGAUGUAUAAAACAUAUUUUAAAUGAUCUUUUUUGAUUUAAACACAAUUCUAAUAAAACUUAUGACAGACUAAAUUCACUUUCAAGAGUGAAAAAUGAUUUUUCGGAAAUAAAUGUCUAACCUCUUCACCCAUGUGCUCCAAACUUUCAUAGACUCCAUGAAUUGAUGCCCAUCCCUUACAUAUUUGGUCACAUGAUAAAUUUCAUUUACCAUUUCCAAGAAACAGAGAGUGGCUCAACUUACUCUUUUGCUCAACUUACCCCACUCUUCCCUACUGAGUUGCCCAGCCUCGGUUUUCAGCAUGAAUCCUUCUUUAUUUUAUUUCCACAGGCUGCUGUGACUAACUUAUCAAGAGUGCAACAUGCACAGUCAGCAAAGACCAGUCCAUCUGCACCUGCUGCUGUAGAGCAAGAAAAUGGUUCUGAUGUGCUGCCAAAAGUGACAGCAGUAUGGUCAACAUGCAUGGUUCGAGUUUUGCCCACUACACUCUGUCUGAUUUAUCCUUUUUCUGUUAUUACUUUCGCUGAACUUGACAUUUUUCCUCUCUGUUUCUGUUUUCUUCACAGACUGCUGUAAAUGGAUUAUUAGUAACGCCGCAUACACCGCUAGCUUGGCCAACACUGCACAGAGCUACUACUUUGGUGCAUGUACGUCCAGCAGUUGAUGCUUCAGGGCCAACAGUACCACCCAAACGGAGCAGACUGACACAGCCUGUGAUCCCUCCUGAGGCACCAGCACAAAUGGAGGAAAAUGAGAGCAAGGUAACUUUGCCAGUAAGAAAAAAACUAACAUUGCGAUUUUUUUCAACCCUGUGAUAUAUAUUGCGAUUCUAAAAAUACAGGAAUUGUCACCAGAUGACCUGAAUAGCACUUAAUGUUAUGCUGCGCUGCUGAAGUCUUGAGGACAGUCAACCUGCACUGAUCUUACCUCUUUUUAAAUGUUAGGAGAAUGGCUUUUGUCUGUCUCAGAGAUAUUUUUAGCUUUUAUUGUGCUGGGACGUUAUUGUGGAAACAGAUGAACACAGAACACGUGUUUUGGUCGACAUCAUCCAUCUUGUAACUGAAAUAAUUCCAGAUGACUGACUUUCCUUUUCUUUUUGGCAACAUUUUAUCUUCGGUGGAUUUCUCUGUUUGUUGCUCAGUUUACGAUCAUUGUUGUUGUUAUCGGGUUGUGCCGAGAAAUGCAUCUCCUCCGAGAAUUGCAUGCACCUCCCAAAACGCACACUGCUUAUAGUAGAGUGGUCCACGGAAAUGUACAAUUCUUAUUUGUUGGGCUAAACAGUGAUGAGUAAUGUUAUGAAAGUAAUUCUCAGCGGACACGCGUUUCUCGGCUCAACACAGGUGUUGUGCCAUAGAGUGCACCCCUGCAGUAGAAUGCCCGCCUUGACAGCAGCGCGGUUGAAGGUGCACAACAAGGCGAAAUAAUCAAAGUUUUCCUUACUGUUGGACUGAUUCUAAAGCGUGUGCCUUCAAUGAUUUCAUUCAGGCUAUUCAGAUAUGCUGAAAACAACAGCCCUCUGAUUCAGAAUGUUUGCUGCCCCGAAAAUAUAAUGUUCUCUACCAUGACAGCUUACUGUACAGUUUAUGUGCCCAAGUACACCUCUAUAUGUGCAUUUUUUUAAAUACCCAACAACAGAACGAAAGUUUGCUGCUCCAUUUGACAUGUUGUCGUGAUCCAAUACUCAUGUUUUUUUUAAAUAUGAGAUAUUUUUUUCCAUUUUAAGAGAGAGGGACCCAGAUGCAGCCAAGAUGGCGGACCCAGAAGAUGAACUUCAGCAAUUUUGCGGCAGAGAAUAACUUCCGGGUCAUUCUUGUAUUCAUUCUGGCGGACAGGCUUUGCGAUGCCAGAACAGUAGGUUGCGAUAUGCACCUAAACUUUCUUGCGGCAAAAUUUCAAGAAGUUUGAAAAUAGCAAGCCAUCCGCAUUCAUUCAAUCGACGUAGUUAUAGGAGGACACACCUUGCAACGCACAUUUGUAGAGCGAAACAACAGCAAGGAAAAUAUUAUUUUAAUCACCAUUUGACGAGUAUGGCAUGGUCUCAGAGAUUGUAUUCGUGCCUUUUACAACUGUGAUGUGCCGAAGAACUUGUUUCAUGCGUGUGGAUUUUAGUUUUCUUUUCUGUCGGCUCUGCGCUGCGGUGGAUUUGAAAAAUUUGCGGCACAUUCACACUUUUAGCCUGCACUAUCAUGCACUCAUGCACUUAAUGUCUGUGUUCAUGCGCGUGUGUUUUCGCCACGUGAGUGUCUUCUUUUCUUUUCUUCCAGAUGCAUAUUUCCAUUGUAAGCGAGGGCAAUUGCCUGCCAGGGACUCUCUCGCCAUUAGGUUUUGGCUGUCCACUUUGCCCACGAUACACUCCAACAGCACAAGCUUCCAUCGAGAGACACUUGAAACGACACUUGACCAAUGGAGUUUCUUUCGAAGGUAUGCCAUAUUGGGAGCAAAAGCGCCUUGGACACUCACACCUUUCCACACAGAUAGGACUCUCACACAUGCACCCAACCCCCACACCCCCCGAUUCACACCUUGUCCAGCUUUUACAUGGACACCCACACCCUCCCCCACAGAUAAGACUCUCACACAUGCACCCACAUACACGUACACACACACACACUUCUGUCAUCACAUGUGGAUGCAUGUUACCCAUAGAUAUUUUAUAUCAAUAUUCCUAUCUUAUAAUUAAUGUCUGCCAAAUGCAAGGGACUUCACAAAAUAGAGUCAUUUAUACAUCUACUUGGAUAUCUCGCAUAUUUCGUAAUUGUGAAUAGUCAUUGUCAUAUCAGAAAAAUACAUUACAUAUGAUGGCUCUCUAUGGAGCUGUUUCAUAAGUGAAUGAUAUAUUCAUGUACUCAGUGUGAUAAAUAUUUGAGAUAUUGAUUGUUUUUAUUAAUACUAACUCUAUCCAUUUCCAGGAAAGGUCAUCUGCAGAUGCCAUUUACCAUGCAGAGACAAAAGCCAUUAUCACUGCCUGUUUUGUGAGGCCACAGUUCUUCAGAAACCCACUUUCAUACGGCACAUGCAGCUGUGCCUCUGGAAAAUAUAUGCCACCCGAGACACCGCCACAGCAACCGAAUCCGCACCACCCCAAGACACUGCCACACCACCCGAAUCCACGCCAACCCGAGACACUGCCACACCACCCCGAGACACUGCCACACCACCCGAAUCCACACCAACCCGAGACACCGCCACACCACCCGAAUACACACCACCCCGAGACACUGCCACACCACCCGAAUCCACGCCACCCCGAGAGACUGCCACACCACCCGAAUCCACACCAACCCGAGACACCGCCACACCACCCGAAUACACACCACCCCGAGACACCGCCACACCACCCGAAUACACACCACCCCACCAGUCUCCCUCUUCUGAGAAUCAGCCUGCUGCUCUUUCAUCAGCAACGACUAUGGACCAUUCGUAUUCGUGUUCUUUUGUCUCACCUGUUGAAGGGGACCAUUCAUACUCCAAGGCAGUCCCCGCUCCGCCCCCCCUUGUUGCUGCUCCAGAACCGGACAAGGAAAUAGACUCAACUGAUGUAGACCCCAUUGCUUCUGAGAAAGAACUCACUAGCGAUUUGCCACCAAAGCAUAUUAGGUGCCCGUACUGUGGCCUUGUGCUGUAUAAGAAAAAUCUCCUCACGCACGUUGCGCGAAAACAUGAACUCACAGAUGUAUUGGCAAACAGAUAUUUAAAAAGUACUUUAGUUGACGCAAGACACGGCCUCUUUGCUGUUCAGAAAAGAUCAAAAGGAUUCACCAUACCAGUGCAUGUGCAACGGAAGACAUGGGGACAACAUAGUACAACAUGUGAGCUGGAGGACUGCCAGCAAUACCACCUGCUGGCACAACGAAGUGGCCUUCCCAGCUUUUGUCACCACAUCCGGUCACUCGACUACUGUGCCACCACUGCCACAGAGGAAACACUAGACCACGAAGUCCUCAAGGAAAUGGUGGAUAACAAUAUUUUCAACAAUUCCAAAGCCACACUUUGCUUGACAAGGCAACAAGAAGCAAAAGAAGCACAAGUCCCAUUUUCAGUACUUGUUGACCUUACCGGCUCAAAAAAUAACAUCUGCCUGUCAAUACAUGAACCAAAACUCCAUCACUACAGCACUUUGGGGAGAUUGUUUGUGGUGCACAACACUGAAAGAAACACCUGGCAUUGUCCCUGUGUGAAGGCACGUUUAUCUUGUCCCCACAAGUACAUAGCAAAGUGGCAUCUGUUCCAGACGAGAAGAAACCUCUUUAGAUCGUCGCUGCCAACCACCACAGCAGUAAAGACUUCUCCUUCAGCCAUUCAAUCUACUGUAGACAUGGCAAGUAGUGUGAAGUAUGUCUACAAUGCCAAAAAAAUACCAACCCCUCUGCCUGAUGAAGUGACGGCCCGCAGACCAUCAUCAGAAAUCCCCAGGCACUUGUUUCCCAUUGAAACAACCUGCAUGCACUGCACUGGUGCACCAGAUCUUGAGGAGCCGGUUCGAAUAACCAACAAAGCCAAAGUAGUUGGCAUGGAAGGGCUCGUUCUAAGUAACUACAUACAUAUUGCAAUUGACAAAUUUAUGCUGAUAUUUUGGUAUGUACUGUGCUUAAACAAGCUUUUUCAUGUCAUUGUUAGACAUCUCCACUUAUAGAAGAAGAUGCCCCAAAUGCCAGGUGGUGUACAGGUACCAGGAGUGGACAGAUGGACUCCACAACUACAACAACCACAUCAUCAUCACACUGCAGCUAUGUCUCUUCUUGAGAUAUAAUAUCCAGGUAAGUGUAAAACCACCAAAGUCAAAAUAAUUUACCCUGGUAUAGCUAUAAAAGUAUAUCAUUAAUUAUCACUGUCUAAUAUUUAGUUUAGUAUGGCAAUUGCAUACUGUGCAAUGUCCUUUUCCCCACCAUUUUUACUUCCAGAUGUCCAACCACUGAAUAUAUAUUAAUCAAAAACACUCCUGUUCUUCUGUUUGAAUCCAUAGAACCAUGUUUCUGUUUCUCGACUGAUCAGUUCCCUUGAGAGUCUGCUGAAGAUGAAAUUUCCUGCCAGUAACCUCAUUUUACAAGGAUACUGCCAUUUUGAAGCGCUUUGUAACACGGAGUACCAAUACUCCUGUGUCAGUUGUGGCUUCUACCCUUCUGUGGUGGUAAUGGACCUAUACAGAAAAGGAGUAUUCAAUUUUGAGGGUAUGAUAUUUUCUUUUCAUUUUUACAUAAUAUUUAUUUAUCAUAGUAAUCAUUAAUCUUAAAUGUUUUGUCUUGUGCUCAUCUGUUUCAGUUAGUGAGCUUGAUCAGCCAGGACAGGAAUUCAAAGGGGAACAUGACAUUGAUGCAUUCUGGCAGUCCAUUGAGCUACAUAUGAUCAGCAGAGGAUUUUUUGAGAGUAAGUCCAUGUAGAUUUAAACACUCAAAAGAGUAGCAAACUGGCUUGUCCAUCAGUCUCCCUGUGAAUGAACAUUUAAUUUUUUUCCCCUGAAGACCCUUCACAAAAUCCAUUUGUUGUGCAUCCCACAUACGACAACUGGGCACCCUGGAUUGGAGGCCAAACUCGUAGAGGAAACAUUGUCUUCAACACAGAGUUUGCAAAGGUGCCAUUAAAAACAUCAAGUGCUGACCCACAGCUGGGGGAUUUACCGGAGGACCACCUGGUCGAUGAGCUGCUAAAGCAAAAGGUACAUUUCACUAUUUUUUGUUUGAACACUUGAGAAGAAAAUGUUAAAAAUAUGCAUUGAUGGGCCAACACAUUCCGCCCCCGCUUUUCUUUGAGCUCUGCAGGGGACCUUCCAUGGUCCCACCUGAGUCCACAUCAACUGUUGCUAGUACCUGCUGGCUUUUUUGUGUAUACAUGACAUUGUCUGCUUCCUGUUUGAUGUAUGCUCGCGCCUUGUCCUUUUUGAUCUGUCUCUGGGUCUAUAUAAAAGUGCUAUCCACACCACCAUUCGCGGUCAGUUCACGGACAUGGACGUAGUCCUUGGUGGAAAAUUAUUUAACACUAAAAGUUUCCUUCAUUAACUAACAUUUCUUGGAAUGUCUGAAUGUUAUAUGUCCUAUAGGUGUCGACUAUCCGAAACCUGUGUAAAACCUGCAAUCUGGAUACAAUGGGGUCUCGUAUAGAUCUUGUCAACCAGCUACGGGACGAAAUGAAGAGUAGGCAGACGUAUGACAAGGUUUUUCAGUCCAUUUGGGGAGCCUCUGGUGAGUGUGAAACUGUUGCAUUAUAUUAGUAAUUGACUCAGAUACAGUCUUACAAAACUUUAUUUUUUCUUUAUUCUAUUAGGUGGCUGGUCUGUCAUCAUGUGCCCCCAUGGAAUCGUAUACAGCGUCAAGUACAACCUCAGAGCAGAAAGCCCCAGGGAUUUUGCUGACAUGUUACUGUCAUGGAAGCAUUUACCUAAUGUCUGCAUUUAUAAUUUUGCUCAGGAAUUGGUGGCACAUAUGAAUCUGAGAGUGCCGGAGAGCCCUCCAUUCCAGCCCUUUGAGGGUAGGCUUGCUGAGCCAACAAAAGAGAAUGUCGAGGCUGCUGGUCAAGGACGACUACAAGUACAUCUUCCUUGGCUAGUCAACAAGCUGGAAACCCCAGAGUCAGGUGGCCACCCAAUAACAGGAUCAAAAGAUCAUUAUGUUCUGUAUGACAAAUUUCAUCAGGCAAAUACCAAAGACCCCCUUGAUGUCUUAAGGCGGAUCCAAGUGGUUCCAGAGCUGCAGGGCACUUUAAACAGUCAGGUUGCAAAGCAACUCUUUGCUGUUCUGCGGCAUAAUAACUACUUCCUGAAUAACAUGGGGCCUUCUGCCCACAUAUUUCUCAUGCGCAGUAUAAUUGAGCAUAGAAAUACAAAGCUAAAUGAGAAACAGGUGGAAUGUCAGUUAAGAAGAGGUCUUUCUCCAGCUUCAACAGCAACAGAACAUCACCCUGUCGAAUUUGGCCCAAUGAUAAUAGGUGAAUACCACAAUUACACUUCAUCUUGUACAGUAACAUAAAUUUUAUAAUGCAAUUCUUCACAAUUGAAUUCUUAUUUUCCUUUGAUCUUAAACUUUAGGUCAACAAACGUUUGAUGACACAGAUGAGUGUGUUCAAACAGAGCCACUGCAAACGGAUGGAGGAAAUCUGGAUGAAGGUAAAUCAGUGCAUUAUUAUGGCUUAGGAAGUGACACAAUUAUGUAAGUUUAUUAAGUUCUUGUGUUAUGUGUCCUCGUCCUUAGAAAACACAGUUCUUCAAGAUGUAAGAGACAUCUAA